AUGCAACAGCAACAACAGCAACGUCGAAUGUUCACAGCUGCCCUCCUGGCACUUGUUUUCAUUCUGGCAGCUGUGAGUACCACCGAGGCCGGCAAAAAAGAGAAACCAGAGAAAAAGGCGAAGAAGUCUGACUGUGGGGAAUGGCAGUGGAGCGUCUGUGUGCCCACCAGUGGUGACUGUGGCCUGGGGACGCGCGAGGGCACUCGCACUGGAGCUGAGUGCAAACAAACCACCAAGACUCAGAAGUGUAAGAUUCCCUGCAACUGGAAGAAGCAAUUUGGAGCGGAGUGCAAAUACCAGUUCCAGGCCUGGGGAGAAUGUGACUUGAAUACUGCCUUGAAGACUCGAACCGGGAACCUAAAGAGAGCCCUUCAUAAUGCUGACUGCCAGAAGACUGUCACAAUCUCAAAGCCCUGUGGGAAGCUUACCAAACCCAAACCUCAAG